GCAGUGGAGGAGAUGAGCGCUCGGAUAGCGAGAUCCAACCCGGCCAUGAAACUGAUCGUGCUCUUCACAGCUUCUCUUUCCUGGGCCUUCCAGCAGCAGGAAGUUCUGCCUCAGUACCAGCACCGCGACCCUGUGACAUCUGAAUUCCUCCUGUGUGACCAGUGCCCCCCCGGCACGGCCGUGAGGCGACACUGCACCGCUGACACGCCCACAGAGUGCCAACCCUGUCCCGAGAGGCACUUUGCUGAGAACUGGCACUGGGGGGAUACGUGUCAAUACUGCACCUCGGUGUGUAAGGAGAGGCAGCUCGUGAGGCAGCAGUGCAACAGCACCCAUGACCAGCUGUGUGCGUGUGCCCCAGGUUUCCACCUAGUGGUGGAGUUCUGCAUCACACACAGUACCUGUCCACCUGGCUAUGGAGUGACAGCUUUAGGUACACCAGUGAGUGACACCGCGUGUGAGCACUGUCCGCCUGGUCAUUUCUCCGCCGGCAGCUCGGCCACUGAGACGUGCCAGCGCCACAGAAACUGCUCGGACUGGGGUCUGAAGACGCUGAGGUGGGGCACGUCCACUUCAGACAGCCUCUGCGGCAGCCAGGACAAGGCGGCAACACUGGAGUGCUCCCAGCAUCACACUCUGUGCCACACUGAUGUGACUCUGUGUGAGGAGGCAGUGUUCCAGUCUCUCGCCUCGCUGCAGCUGUCCUCAGUGCCCCUGGAGCGGCUGUUGGAGAGUCUCCCGGGCCGGAGGGUGGAACGUAAGAGCCUGGAGAGGCUGAAAAAGGCCUGCUCCCCUCACCAGCAGGUCCUCCACCUGCUGCGACUGUGGAGGGAGCAGAACAAGGACCAGGACAAGCUGUACGGCAUCAUACGAGGUGUGAACCACUGUGAGAGGAAGGUCUCUCGCUGCAACGGCCUGAAGAACCUGACCCUAGACGACCUCCUGCAGGUCACCAACAGCCUGCCGGGGUUGAGGGUUCAGCAGGAGGACGUCCGGGCUGUGGUCUCGACUUGCCUGCCCAGGCAAUACAUCCUGCAGCUUCUUCACCUGUGGAAGACGGCAAACUACGACCUGGAUCUAGCCAAAGGCCUGUCUCACAGUCUGAGGGUGCUGCGCAGCCAGGGGGGGACGCCGCGCUACCUGCUGAAGGGCCUGAAGAAGAUCAGCCGCAUCAUAGGAACCACCUCAGCGCACAAGUUGUAUGAGAAGAUGUUUGUCAGUAUGCUGCAGGACGAGUUGUGUUUUAAGGGCCAUAAGCCUUUAAAUGAAUAA